GUAUUUUCAAAGCCGUGCAGCUAUCAUUUUGCUACACAGCCUGCUAACCUUCUCUAAAACUAGACAAAGAAGCCUUGUGAAAAGACUGGGUGGAAAGGGAAAUUUAAGUGAUCGAGGUUGAGAGGAGCGAAUGUGACACGAAGCUACAUGUGUUACUCGAUAUAUGUGGAAGUAUGGAAUUGAAAGGGUGGGACUUGGAGAUGGGACCAUGACAGAUCCUGUGAAAACUUAGACAAACUUCAUCGCUGUGCAUUUCAAUCAGUAAGAGGACACAGACGAGUGGUUCUCCCAGGCCAGGGAUGUCACGGGUUCCCACCCCUCCCCCUCCUGGGGAGAUGUCAAGUGGACCUGUGGCAGAGAGCUGGUGUUACACACAGGUCAAAGUUGUGAAGUUUUCCUACAUGUGGACAAUAAACAACUUUAGUUUUUGCAGAGAAGAAAUGGGUGAGGUGUUGAAGAGCUCAACUUUCUCCUCUGGUCCAAAUGACAAAAUGAAAUGGUGUCUACGAGUCAACCCCAAAGGACUCGACGAUGAAAGUAAAGACUACCUGUCCUUGUAUUUACUACUUGUUAGUUGUCCAAAAAGUGAAGUCAGAGCCAAGUUCAAAUUUUCACUGUUGAAUGCUAAAAGAGAGGAGACGAAAGCGAUGGAAAGCCAAAGAGCCUACAGAUUUGUCCAAGGUAAAGACUGGGGAUUCAAAAAAUUUAUAAGGAGAGAUUUUCUCCUGGAUGAAGCCAAUGGACUCCUGCCAGACGACAAGCUCACCCUCUUCUGUGAGGUAACUGCCGUNNNNGACUCGGUGAACAUUUCAGGCCAGUCUAACAUGAACAUGCUGAAGGUACCAGAGUGUCAGCUGUCUGAUGACCUGGGGAAUCUCUGGGAGUGUUCACGCUUCACUGACUGCAGUCUAUAUGUAGGAGGGCAGGAGUUCAAAGCCCACAAAUCCAUUCUCGCAGCGAGGUCACCGGUUUUUAAUGCAAUGUUUGAACAUGAGAUGGAAGAAAGUAAAAAGAACCGUGUUGACAUCAGUGAUGUAGACCCUGAGGUUUUUAAGGAAAUGAUGGGCUUUAUCUACACGGGAAAGGCCCCCAACCUGGAGAAAAUGGCAGAUAACCUGCUGGCAGCUGCAGACAAAUACGCUUUGGAGCGUCUAAAGGUCAUGUGUGAAGAGGCCCUGUGCAACAGCCUCUCAGUGGAGAAUGUGGCCGACACCCUCAUCCUCGCAGACUUGCACAGCGCCGAGCAGCUUAAAGCACAAGCCAUAGAUUUUAUCAACAGGUGCAGUGUCCUGAGACAGCUGGGCUGUAAAGAUGGAAAGAACUGGAAUAGCAAUCAUGCUACAGACAUAAUGGAGACUGCAGGCUGGAAGUCAAUGAUCCAGUCACACCCUCACUUGGUCGCCGAGGCCUUCCGCGCCCUGGCGUCAGCACAGUGCCCGCCCUUUGGUCUUCCCAGGAAGCGUCUAAAACAGUCCUGACUGCGCGACUGCACCGGGACUUUACUGGAGGCAGGAGGUGUGGGUUUACAAAGGAAGGACUAGUGAGGGCUACCACUCUUUUUAUUUCCAUCCAAAUGGAACACACUUGAAUAAAGAGGAGUGGGCUGCCUGGCCCGGCAGUGUGGGGAGGCUGGCACAUGGAUGACUGACACCAACGGAGUGAGGGAGGAAGGAAAAAAAAAAAAGAAAAAAAGAUGGUUUCAGUCGGUGUUGCGUUGCUUCUUGGGCUGAAUUGUGUUCAGCCCAAGUGGGGCAGUAAGUCAGUCUGAAUGCCACUUAUUUUUUGUUUUUUUUUUUUUUUGUUUUUUUUUUUUCUUUCCUGUCAUUUAAAAAUGGCCUUAAUAUUAUCUGCCAUUGCUCUGGAGCCGCUCUAGAGUUCUCUGUCUCUGACUCUGUGCCUGCCUUGUCACUGAGACCAGGCCUCCUCCAGGUUGCACUAGUUCCCAUGAAUAGUCAUUUUGAUAUGGAGUCCUAUAGGAACGUAACAAAGGUUUAACUAAAUGGGAAAUAUUAUAUAUAUAUAUAAAUAUAUUUGUAAUGUUUAGCCCGUUUUGUGACUAGACAUUAAAAGCAUGAACACUUUCAGUGCAAGGUCAGUUCUUUACACUUUUUAAAAAAAUGUGUAUGCCCCAUAUUGAUGGCACCAUUUCUAUGUUAAUGACCGUUGAAACAUCUUCAGACCAGUGUACAAGGAAGUCUGACCUAUGACAUAACUGUGGGGGGGUGGGGUGUGGUGGGGGGUACAGUGCUCGGCCAUUAUGACAGCGCAGUGUCAUGUGACGUGUAAGACGGAACGUUGAGGUUCCCCGGCCCAAGAAACAUUCAAGUAUUUACUCUCACUCUCCGUCGGAGUGGCAUAUUCCAGCUCAUGUUUCUGUGAACUGUAACGGAUUAAAAAAUUGAAAACA